GCGCGCCAACGGCACACUUGACUGCUCCGGCUGUACAGCAUCCCGGCACUGCCACUUCACACCCCGCCCGUACAGUGUACAGUGCUGCAGCGCCGGCAAUUGGAUUGCCGGCGCCCGCUAUGAUCGGCUCCUUCGCGCGCAAGUUCAUUAUGGCUAACGCUAACGCGAUUAGCCCGCCUAACGCGCCACCAACGCCGCAACCGGUCACUUGACCUUUUCUCCGUCCCCUCUCCAUCGCACGCCUUGAUUGCAUUUGCAUUAAACCAUCCACCACGCAGCGCUCCCAUCCGCUCGCUGUAAACGAUCGGCCUUUUUUGCAAAUCUCGUACGUACAUACGCGCAGUACUACUGAACGCCGGUGUACGUGUAGUUGUACGAGCGUCGGCCCGGUUGUAUGCCGCAGCCAGUGAGUGGCGCUAGUUCGGCGUGUGCCAGCUUCAUUCGCUCGCUCUUCCCCGUCCGCAGAUCUGUACACUUACCAUCCGGAUAUAUCCGCCACGGGCCAAAUCCAUUUUCCCCAUUUGUACCUGGAUGCGUGGUUAUUUGUAUAUAUGCGCGCCAGUCAGAUUGCGGCUGACGGAACUGGCAGUCGUGUAAUCGUCGCCGGUGUGUUGUGUGCCUGUGUGUAACUGCAUUAAUAAGUCAGCUGCCCCGUAAUUUAUUCAUCAGCGCCACGAUUCACCGGCACAUGUGACAGCCGGACGACAGCGUCCAUUACGCCAAACGCGCCCCUUAUCACGGCAGCGUGUCGGCGAUAAUUGGCCGGCGCGGUGUGCGGCGAGCGGGGCCAGCUGGUGGUUGUUAUUACGGCGCAGGAUCAGGGCGACGCGGGAUAAGUGUGUUGUGUGUUGCCGGGGUCAGGAUCGGAUGCGGUGGCAGUUGUUAAGCUGCUGCAUUAGCUGGCAGCGCCGCGUUUGUCUUGUGCAGCGGCGCAAUGCGGAUUACGGAUUACACGCGCUGAUAUACGAGUAGAUUUGCCGUUUGCGGGAGCGCCGUCCGUACACGGCCGCAUCGACAUCUGCAUAUAUACGGCACAACGGCGGAUGUUUGCUUGGCGGCCCCUUGGGGAUGCUACGGGAUCCGUGGCGUGGAUGGCGAGAGGGAGCGCUGUAUAAUAAGCAUAUAUACGCCCUGCGUCAUGCAUAUCAUAUGUCGCCGCUAAGGCGCCCACUCGCUGCGGCUGGCGCGGGCCGCACGGCCUGAUUCUGUGCCGGCAUUAUUCCCUUAAUUCUGAUUGAUAUUGUUAUUAUAUUUCCGGAUCCGGCUGAUUGAUACAGGGCAGCGCAGUGCCGCUGCGGAUGGCCAUGUGGAUAGUGUUAUCCGGCGGCGUUGCGUAACUGACCUCAUUGACGGCGGGGAGCAGCGCCCGCGGUCUGUCCAUUGCCGGCAGUGGUCAGGGCAGUCGAGAUGCAAGCGCCAGUGGAGGAUGCCGCGUUAUGGCCGUUGCAGCCGGCCGAGAUAGCCGGGCCGGUGUGCCGCCGCUGCCGGUUUAGAUUGCGAUACAGCCGUGCCAUUCCUUUGCUCAAAUUGCCAGUCUUUUCCCUAUUGCUCAGCAUCCUGAUCCUGCUCCUGGCCGGCACGGGCGGCGUGGCGGCGGGCGUGGGCGACAAGAAGAACCUGCUGGACGAGCUCCUGGAGACCUACGACCUCGACAAGUGGCCCACCUUCCAAGAGGGCGAGAUGGAAGCCGAGCGACCGGAACCGACCAAAGUGACCAUUUCCAUCGACAUCAUGUUCAUCAGCUCCAUCGACGUCCAGGCCAUGGACUUGACCAUCGAUUUCUACCUCAACCAGCGCUGGCGCGACGCCCGGCUGGCCUACUCCGAGUCGCGCUCCAAACGCAAGAUCGUCCUGCGCACCGUCGAGCAAAUCAAGCGAGUGUGGACACCCGACACCUACAUGGUCAACGCCAAAUCAGCCAACUUCCAUGACGUCACAACUCCCAAUAGGUUGGUGUACAUAGACCAUAACGGGGACGUCAUGUACAGUGCCAGGAUAACGGCCAAGCUGGCGUGCGAAAUGCACUUCGCCAUGUACCCGGUGGAUACGCAAGUGUGCACGCUGCACCUGGCUUCCUAUGCCUAUCCCAUGAUCUACCUGGAGUAUCACUGGCGCGAGAACGGCUCCGUGGAGUACACCGGCACCACGGAUCUCAACCAGUUCACGCUGGCCAACAAGUACACCGACAACAAGCCCGACAAGUAUCCCGACGGUCUCUACCCGGCGCUGCAAGUCAAGUUCCGCUUCCAGCGCAACUUCGGCCACCACCUCAUCCAGACCUACCUGCCCACCGUCCUCAUCGUCACCAUCUCCUGGGUCAGCUUCUUCCUGGAGGCCGGCGCCGUGCCCGCCCGCGUCUCCCUCGGCAUCACCACCUUCCUCACCAUGAUCACGCUCAACAGCGGCGCCAAAGUCGGCCUCCCGCCCGUCUCCUACGUCAAGGCCAUCGACAUCUGGAUGCUGGCCUGCACCUUCUUCGUCUUCUCCACGCUGUGGCACUUUGUCCUCGUGUGCGUCAUGUCGCGCCGGCCCAUGCCGCACUCCCGCGAGCGCACCGUCGGCCUCACUUCCGGCUCGGCGUCGGCCUCCUUCUGCGCCGGCCACACGGCCGUCGGGCAGUCGCUGCAGCUCUCCAGUCCUCACGCCCACCUCCCCAACGCCCGCUCGGCCUCUACCGUGGGCAGCAGUCUGCCGGCGGCCCACGCCAACCUCCUGCAGCGCCGCAACAAGUCGGCACUCUACCAGAACAUGUCGCCGCUGUCCUUCGGCCAGAAGUCGGUGACACAGUACAGUUGCAGCAACAAUAAGGCAGCUGUUACCUCACCGGAAACCACGGCUACCGGCACGUACACGCAGACCGAGCUCGACCAGGGCCGCAACACCUACUCCAGCGCUCCCGAGAUGGGCGAGCUGGAUUAUAUAAAGGAGCGCUCGGACUCCAACUUCUCCAACGAACCCAUAUGGGUCCUGAGGGCGGAGCUGAUGGCCGCGAAGGCCGCCGCCGCCGCGGAACGCUCCGCCGCCGAGCGCGGCGGCCACUUCCAGCGCGAGUCGGCGGCGGACGUGGGCGUGUCGGACGAGCAGCUGUCGCCGCUGGAGCACUCGCCGGUGGUCAGCGGCGUGCUGCCGCGGCGCAAGAAGUUCUGCAGUCCCUGCAGCUGCCGGUGCGCCUGCUUCGUGGCGCCCAGCAAUGCCAAGGACCGCGCCAAGCGCAUCGACGUGUACGCGCGCUGGCUGUACCCGCUGGUCUUCCUGCUCUUCAACAUCAUCUACUGGGGCUACUACCUCAACCUCAAUCCCGUGCCGGAGGCGGCCGACGGCGAUGCCGGCGGCGGUGCGCCGACCGAGCCGGAGCAGUAGCCUCCAAAGGUCACGCUGUAGCACGCACUACUGGUUUUUUGUAUUACGACAAACGCAUGUGAUUGACGGAGGCGUCUGGGCGGUUAGUAGUAUUACUGUACUAACUACCGGUGCAGAAUUUAUUACAUUCAAGAAUUUCUGUCUGCAAGAUAAUAAAACUUUAUACGUGUGUAUUACUAACACUGGAAAACAG